GCCCACGGCUUGUUGUCAACUGCUGGCCUGCGCCGCUCAAUCGUUUCCGGUUUUCAAAGGGCUCCAACGGUAGUAUCAGUAUCAUAGAAUCGCAGGACAAAAGCCAAAAUGAGGAUAUACGUGCCGUCCCUAGUCGUCUUCCUGGGCGCCUUGUCGCUCGCGCAGGCUGCUGCGUACGAGAGGCGCGAAGGGGGCAGCCCCCGCCCAAAUCUUGCCUCAGAAAUUUUGAGCAUGUUGAGCCGUCUAGGCGGCGCUCAAACGGUCACUCAAACACUACGGCAGACCAUCACGGUUGGCGCCGCGGGGGCGGUGGGCGCUGGUACGAAUGCCACCGGCGCCAUCACCGUGACCGUCACGGCCCCGGCGUCAACCGUCACAGUCUGCCCGCCAGGCCAAGCCCAGGGUGCCGUUGUAAGCAGUCAAAGCACCGGCUUGACGUCGGCUGCGCCUGCAGGAGGGGCAGGUGCAACAACAGCUCCCGCGGUCGCAGCGCACGGCGGCGUCGGCGUCACGACAAUUCCGGUCCCAACCGACGCUCGGAAGACCAGCCUCGUCGGAACGAAAACUGUUGCAUUGCAGCCAGCCGUUUCCCAACCGGCCGUCUCUCAACCAGCCGUCUCGCAACCAACCAGCUCUUCUAGCAGCGCCAGCGCAGCGACGUCCCUCGCAGCGAACCCGUACGCCGGUUCUUCUACCGUCACGAGCGCCGUCUCAUCCCUCGCGCCACUGCCGAGUCAAGGCGGAGCAACCCAGCCGGGGCUCAGCCAGUCUGCAACAUCGCUGGCAGCUCUGCCGUCCCUCCAGACGACCAGCCAGUCUGUAAUGUCGCUGGCAGCUCUGCCGUCCCUCCAGACGACCACCGGUUCCGCAAGCCCCACGACGCUCCCUAUCGUGGGAGCCCCCGUUUCGGAGGGCUCGACUGGCACCUCGGCCUCCACGCUCGCUCCGCUCCCCGGCCUGGCGAGCUCACUCAGCACGCUGAGCCUCCCUCCCGUCGCUACUGUCAAUCCUUCGGCCGCAUCGCCAGUUGCCGCUCCUGCUGGCGCUUUUGGCGGCAGCGCUGGCAUGAUCCAGAUAUCUUCGGCUGCCGCCGCUGUUCCGCCGUCUGCGACGACACCGGCGGUUGCCAACGGCGCCGGGGCCGGUCCCACGAUUAAUGUUUCUGGUCUGACGCUCUCCAGCCAGCUCAACCUGGGGAAGUUGGCUUCGCCGACCGCCUCCGCGAGUGCGUGAAUGCCGGGGCAAGGAAACCCGGCUAAGAGGGAAAGAGAAGAUGAAGGAAGGUUUACAAAUUUCCAUGAAGACUAUACCCAUUUUCGUCUCCAUGCUUAGACAGCAUCUUAGUGCUUGUUCUUGAGAGAGAGAGAUGUUCGUUUGUACCGGUUGUACUUAGCGGUCGUUCCGGCUAGAUGGCCGGUGGUU